AUAGCGAUGACGUAAUACGACUUUCCGAAGCAGAUCGCCUCGUAAACACCAUCUUCAAUGGCGCCCACCCACAUACCGAUAUUGGCGAAAAAUCAGUGGCGCAUCUCGCGGAAUCAAAAUGAAAUGCUAGAAUUGGAGAACCAAGAUGUCGCCGGGAGAAUUGCCGACUUGGAGAGAAAGGUUCUGGAGCAGGGCGAUGAGCUCGUUUGCCUCAAGGCCACAUUGGCGGAAGUCCUGCGCAGGCUCAGCGUCCUGGAGGGCAUCAGACUCACUCAGCAAACCGCCACUUCCUCCAUGGGAACCCCGAUCAAGAUAAACGGCUCAGCCAAGGACCUGCUGAGGCAGAAGCCUCAAAGUUAUUCCACCUCGAAGGUCGACCUUAACCGAAGGUAUGCGGGAUCAUCUCUACCCCAGCGACGGGCGGUACAUUAUCAAUCGACCGGCAGCUUGCACAGUGACAGUCAAAGCUCGAAUAGCGUCAGCCCCAUACCGUCACCGUCACCACGCGCCACACCACAGCCCCUCAAUGGCCGUCGUCCGGUGUCGGUCAUAAGCACCACCAGCACCACAAACAUAGUGUCCACGAAUCCUACCUCCCUCCACAAGAGAUGGAGUUCGACCGGCGAUUUUACUCAAUCGGGCGUCCACGCUUCGCCGAGCUCCAAAUUCUCCACAAAGUCGUUUUUGAAUUUGUUCAAAUCGAGUAGCGGCACAUCAGCACCUAAUUACAAGCACGGAACCCGAGACGCUACCUACAACGCCGAAGAAAGAACGCUGAAAAUGUUCUUCAAGGGUCGGAUCGUUACCUUGUACGCGCCCAGCAACUUGGCCGACGACUACGAAAUCACCAAGGUGUCCACAGCGCCAGGUCAAAGGUUAAGGCUCGACUGGGUCUACGGAUACAGGGGUCGAGACUGCAGAUCCAACUUGUACUUUCUGCCGACUGGCGAAAUGGUAUAUUUCGUCGCGUCAGUGGUAGUACUCUACAAUGUAGAGGAGCAACACCAAAGACAUUAUUUAGAACAUACGAGCGACAUUAAGAGCCUGGCCAUACAUCCGAACAAAAUGCUCGUAGCCACUGGCCAGUGCGUAGCAGACGAAAAAUCCAACGCGAGGGCGCAUAUCAGGGUGUGGAACUCUGUAUCGCUCCACACGCAGGCCGUGAUCGGUAUGAACGAUUUCGCCUUGUCGGUUUGUAGCGUCUGUUUCUCCAAAGCCGAUGGAGGAAGUUUGCUCGUAGCCAUCGAUGACGCGCCCGAUCACAACAUAUCCGUUUGGGAUUGGACCAAAGGCGAGAACGGUUACAAAAUAACGGAAACCAAGAGUUCAGUCGACACCGUAGUGUCGGUCGAGUUCCAUCCGUUAGAUAAGAACACCGUCGUGACCUGCGGCAAGUCUCACAUCGCUUUCUGGUCGUUAGACGUAGGCGGGACCCUUUACAAACGAAUGGGAGUGUUCGAAACCAGAGACAAGCCGAAAUACGUGACCUGCAUCGCGUUUUUGCAAACGGGAGAAACGAUAACUGGCGAUUCGAACGGCAACCUCGAAAUUUGGGGACGUGGCACUAACACCAUAUGCAAAUUCAUCAAGAACGUCCACGAGGGUGGCAUCUUUUCGAUUUGCGUGCUAAGAGACGGCUGCGUAAUAACCGGAGGCGGCAAAGAUGGCCGACUGCAUGAAUUCGAUAGCAAUUUGUCACGCACGGGACUGUCGGGCGAGAUCGAAGCGCAUUUCGGCGGAAUCAGGGUAGUCUCGGAGGGUAGGGGAGGUCAACUUCUGAUCGGAACCACCAGAAACUGUAUUCUGUGCGGAACUCUAGAAUUAGGGUUCCAACCGAUCAUACUGGGCCACACCGAUGAUUUGUGGGGCCUCGCCGUUCAUCCGUCGAUACCCCAAUUUGCGACAGCGGGUUAUGAUCGCGUACUGCAGCUGUGGGAAUCGAUGUCGCAUAGUAUAUUAUGGAGCAAAGAUAUUGGGGAAGCGGGUCAGAGCGUGGCUUUUUCGCCGGAUGGAUCAUGCAUACUCGUGGGCUGCGUUUCCGGAAAAUGGAUGAUAUUCGACGCGCAAUCUCGCGAGCUGUUGGGCUACCAUACGGACGGCUCGGAACCCAUCCACGUGAUUAGUUUCUCGCCCGACGGAUCAAUGGUCGCGUUGGGAUCCCGAGAUAGCCAGAUUUACAUCUACCAAGUAUCGAACGCCGGCACGAAGUUCAGUCGAAUUGGAAAAUGCUCGGGCCAUUCGAGCUGCGUAAUUCACCUGGAUUGGUCGACGGAUAACCAAACCCUACGGAGUAACUCGGCGGACUUCGAGUUGUUAUUUUGGAAUGCGGGCACUUGUCGGCAAAUACCCCAAUCCAACCUGCUGAGGGAUGUCGAAUGGGCCACCAACAAUUGUCCCGUGACGUUCACGACGCUGGGGAUUUGGCCCGAAAACGCAGACGGCCCUAACGUGAACUAUUGCCGUCGCAGCAACAGCUCGAAACUCGUCAUCACCGGUGACGACUUCGGUAAAGUCAAGCUUUACGGUUAUCCGGUCACCCAACCAAAGUCGCUUUGUCAUUCUUACGGCGGCCAUAGCAGCUACGUCACCGCGGUGAAUUUCUUGUACGACGAUACCAGGGCGGUAUCUAUCGGGGGCAAAGACACCGCCGUACUGCAAUGGAUGGUUUCAUAGGUAUUCAACCUAGUCUGUACAAUGUACAUAAAAACUAUUUAUAUUAUUUUAUCUAUUUUUUUAUCUUCAUCGCACCUAUAGUUUAAGAAAGAGUGCCAGAAUGACUGAGUAACGAAAAAAAAAAAUCAUUUGCAACUUAUUCUACACUUUGUACGUUUCUAAGUCAUGUGAUAAUUAAAAAUACAGUUUCGAAAAUUUCGUGUUUGUCUG